CGAUAAUUCGGUCUCAUAAUUAACUAGUAUUGUCGAAAGAAAACUUUUGGUUUGUUUAUAUCUCACCAUGUCGGCACCGAUAGAAAUUCCCUUACGGGACACAGAUGAAGUUAUUGAGGUACAUCCAGAUCAGUUGCCAGAAUGUCAAGAAGUACUAGCAAUUUUACGCCAAGAGCGUUCUCAGCUCAACACCUGGGUCAACGUCGCCUUGGCAUACUACAAAGAAAAGAAAACGGGUGACUUUAUAAGACUACUGGAAACCGCGAGAACAGAAGGCAAUACCGACUACCGUGACAUGGAAAAGGAUCAAAUGCGCGCAUAUGACAUGUUGGCUGCACAUUACGUACAGGAAGCCAACCGGGAGAAGUCAAAAGAGAAAAAACGAGAAUUAUUUAUGAAAGCUACGAAUUUGUAUACAACUGCUGACAAGAUUAUAAUGUACGAUCAAAAUCAUUUAUUGGGUAGAGCCUAUUUCUGUUUAUUAGAAGGCGAUAAAAUGGAGCAAGCAGACGCUCAGUUCAAUUUCGUGCUUAAUCAAUCGCCAGCAAAUAUUCCUUCGCUUUUAGGAAAAGCAUGUAUUGCGUUCAAUAAGAAGGAUUAUAGAGGUGCCUUAGCAUUUUAUAAAAAGGCUUUGCGUACAAAUCCAAACUGCCCAGCAAACGUACGCAUGGGUAUGGGCCAUUGUUUCCUCAAAAUGAAUAAUCAAGAAAAAGCGAAACAGGCAUUUGAGAGAGCACUAGAACUUGACUCGAACUGUGUGGGUGCUCUCAUUGGGUUAGCAAUCCUAAAACUCAAUUUGCAUGAACCCGACUCAAACAAAUUAGGUGUUCAAAUGCUGUCCAGAGCUUACACUAUUGACUCUACCAGUCCGAUGGUGCUAAAUCACCUAGCAAAUCACUUCUUUUUCAAAAAAGACUAUCAAAAAGUACAACAUUUAGCCUUACACGCGUUCCAUAACACUGAAAAUGAAGCCAUGAGGGCAGAGAGCUGUUACCAGCUGGCUCGCAGUUUCCAUGCUCAAUGUGAUUAUGAUCAAGCAUUUCAAUACUAUUAUCAAUCGACGCAAAUCGCACCAGCUAACUUUGUCUUGCCGCAUUACGGUCUUGGUCAAAUGUAUAUAUAUCGCGGUGAUACCGAAAACGCUGCUCAAUGUUUUGAAAAAGUUUUAAAAAUACAGCCAGGAAACUAUGAAACUAUGAAGAUUUUGGGAUCUCUUUAUGCAAAUUCUAACUCUCAAGCAAAGCGUGAUAUGGCGAAGUCACAUUUAAAAAAGGUCACCGAGCAAUUUCCUGAUGACGUAGAAGCUUGGAUUGAAUUAGCUCAAAUACUAGAGCAAAAUGAUUUACAAACGUCACUUAAUGCUUACGCUACGGCAUCUAGUAUUCUAACUGAGAAAGUUAAAGUUGACAUACCGGCAGAGAUCUUAAAUAAUGUUGCUGCAUUACAUUAUCGAGUUGGUAAUUUAACAUUAGCGAAAGAAAAGUUAAAUGAAGCGAUACAACGAGCAAAAAUUGAAGCAGAUAGCUCGAAUGCAGAUAAGCAAUAUUAUGAUUCUAUAUCUGUUACAAUGACCUAUAAUUUAGCUCGCCUCAACGAAGCUAUGUGCAGCUAUGACGUAGCCGACAAACUAUUUAAAGAUAUAUUAAAGGAGCAUCCAAACUAUAUUGACUGUUAUUUACGUUUGGGAUGCAUGGCCCGUGACAAGGGUCUCAUUUUCGUAGCAUCAGAUUUCUUUAAGGACGCAUUAAAUAUCAAUAAUGACAAUCCAGAUGCCAGAUCCCUGUUGGGAAACCUACAUUUGGCAAAAAUGCAAUUUGCUUUAGGACAGAAAAACUUCGAAACCAUUUUGAAAAAUACUGCAACUUCUACGGAUGCAUAUUCGUUGAUUGCACUAGGGAAUUUUUCAUUGCAAACUCUUCAUCAGCCCAUAAGGGAUAAGGAAAAGGAGCGUAAACAUCAAGAAAAGGCUUUAUCCAUAUAUAAACAGGUACUACGUAAUGAUCCUCGAAACAUUUGGGCCUCUAAUGGAAUUGGUGCUGUAUUGGCGCACAAAGGUUGUGUUAUAGAAGCACGCGAUAUAUUUGCACAAGUCCGAGAAGCUACAGCUGAUUUUUCCGAUGUAUGGUUAAACAUUGCUCACAUAUAUGUCGAACAGAAGCAGUACAUUAGUGCAAUACAAAUGUAUGAAAACUGUAUGAAAAAAUUUUACAAACAUCACAACGUUGAAGUGAUGCAGUAUUUAGCACGUGCAUACUUGCGCGUAGGCAAACUCAAGGAAGCAAAGACUGUUUUAUUGAAAGCGAGAAAGGUAGCGCCCCAGGAUACGAUAUUACUAUUCAACAUUGCGGUGGUUCUGCAACGAUUAGCUAUGGCCAUACUUAAGGACGAAAAAUCAACCCUUGAUGUAGUCUUGCAAGCCGUACAUGAAUUGGAGUUAGCUCAAAGAUAUUUUCAAUAUCUUUCGAUUUGUGGCGAUAAGACUCGUUUUAACAUUGAGAUAGCUGGUAUUGAGGCUAAUCAGUGUCAGGAUCUUUUGUCGCAAGCCCAGUACCAUGUUUCCCGUGCUCGUCGUAUAGAUGAAGAAGAAAAAACAUUACGUCGCAAACAAGAAGAAGAACGUCUAGCUUUCAAGAUGAAACAAGAAGAAGAACGUAAACGCCGCGAAGAAGAACAGAAAACGUCUCGAGAGCAAAUGCUUGUGAAGCGUCAAGAAUAUGUUGAAAAAACCAAGGGAAUAUUGAUCAUACCCGAAAACCUUUCCCAGUCUAAAGAACGCAAGAAAGGAGGAGGUCGACCACGCAAAGAUGGAUAUGUUUCUGAUUCAGGAAGUGAUGUUGGUGAAAUAGAUGGUGCUGAACGCUCUUCUAAAAAGAAACCAAAGGAACGUAAAAAGACUGGUGGACGAAAACGAAAAUCGGCUGCAGACAAAUACGAUAGUGACAGUGAAGGUGAGGUUCGAUCGAAGGAAAAGAAACUCAAAAAGAAGCCUAAGGAAACGAAGGAAACGAAAAAUAAGUUGUCGGCCAAGCAGCGUCUUAAAAUUGUUUCAAAAGCUACUAUAUCAACCAGCGAAUCAGAUAGCGAUGCUGGUGGACGAAAGCGAAAACACAGUAUCAAUAGAGACCAAAGUGAUGAUAGUGAUGGAAGUGUGGCAUCGAAGCGUGUGCGUCGUAUUUCAAGAUCGCCAUCCGAGCAACGUUCACAUAGUGGAAGUCGGUCGAAUUCCGAAUCCAGAUCUAGAUCACGCUCACAAUCCGAAAAUAGAUCACGUUCUGGCAGCGAAUCAGUAAGACGAUCGCGUUCAAAGUCAAAUUCAAGAUCAAAAUCUCCUUCACGAUCGAGAUCUGUUUCUCGUUCACGUUCACCAUCGUCUUCACCGAUACGUUCAAAAAACAAGUCUUCAAAGAAAUCGCCCUCACGCAGCCCUUCGAUUUCAGAUUCGGAAUAAAACACUAUGAAUGUUCUUCAUCAUAAUAUAUGUAUGUAUGUAUACUACCAAAAUAUUAAAUGUGCAACUUAAUAAAGUAUAUAAUAAACCCCUCGAAAA